AUGGAUAAAACACCGGCAGUUGCUAGGAAUUUGAUAGCCAACGUGGCCGCAAACUCACAACAAUUUGGUAGUAGAGAAGUGACACCAGUUAAACAAGCAAGACAUCCUACCUAUGCAUGCCCGACACUACAAGAAAGAGCCUCAGAGCAAGCGAAUGCCGUUGGGGGAUUUUCAAUGCAACAAGGACAUAGAUAUGAUCCAUAUGCUAACAUUUUUAAUCUUAGAUUGAGAGAUCAUCCUAAUCUUAGUUACGGAGGAAAUCAUUUCAUAGCUCCACAAUCACAGUUUAAUCAUUCCUGGGGUUCAAUCAACAAAGGCAACCACAACACUUUCAACCUCGUCAACAAACUUCAUCUCAAAGUUCAGAGAUAUCUCUUGAAGAUAUGGCUCAAGGAUCAGGAAAAACUCCGUUCUCAAGCAAUCAACUCGACAGAAAAUGCCAAUGCUGUGACACUAAGAAGCGGAAAAAUUUUGGAAGAGGCACCAAGGAAAGUGAAAGAUCAAGUUGAGGAGUCAACGCAAGAGAAGAACUUAGCAUGUGAGAAAGAUGAAGCUAAGACUCCAACCUCGGGAUCUAAGGUAGAUUCUAAAAGUCCUAUUCCUAUUUACGUUCUCUCCCCUCCAUUUCCUGGCAGAUUGAAAGGUAAUGAAGUGGUGAGCGUAGAAGAAAAUGUCUCGGAGGUCUUGCAAAAGAAACUUCCACCAAAAUGUAAGGAUCCAGGAACGUUUACCAUCCCUUACAUUAUUGGUAAUACUAGGUUUGAAAAAGCAAUGCUAGAUUUAAGAGCAUUUAUUAAUGUCAUGCCAUAUUCUAUUUAUGCUUCUUUAAAUUUGGGAUCACUUAAGGAAAUCGGUGUUAUUAUUCAAUUUGUUGAUAGAUCUAAUGCAUUUUCAAAGGGUGUGUUAGAGGAUGUUUUGGUGAAGGUAAAUCAAGUGAUUUUUCCAACAGAUUUCUAUGUUUUUGACAUGCAAGAUGAAUCAACAUCUUUGAUGCCACCAUUUCUCUUGGGAAGACCAUUUAUGAGGACUGCACGUACAAAGAUAGAUGUACAUGACAGUACUUUGACAAUGGAGUUUGAUGGCGAGAUUAUUCACUUCAAUAUCUUUGAAACAAUGAGGUAUCCUAGUGAUGUUUAUGCUUGUUUUUCAAUAGAUAUAAUGGAUUCAUUUGUGCAAAAAAAAUUCAAUUUAUCAAAUGAAGAUGCAUUGGACACCACUUUGAUUAAAAGAAUUGAUGUUGAUAAUCUUAUCGGGUUGAGAAAGAAUCUACAACCGUGUAAGGAUAUUGUUAAAACUGUGGCAUCACUUGAGUCACUAUCGAGUAUUCCACCAAGGUAUAAUCUCUCCUAUAUUACUCUUCCGAUAUCUAAAGAGAAACUUUUACCUUCGGUGAUGCAGGCCCCCACCUUGGAACUCAAACAUUUUCCCCAGCAUUUGAAGUAUGUUUGGGAGAGGGGGAAACAAUACCGGUGA